AUGGCUUGUGUGUGUUCAUCAACAGCAUUAGCAGAGAAGAUUUCAUGGAACUGUGCAUUGUUUGUGGCACUAAUGUUGGUUUUGAGUAGCUGCGAAUCAAGCACACGUGAUGAUGAUGAGUUGAAUGUUCAGAUUCAGAAUAUGCUGCAGGAAAAUGAUUUUAGCAAUAAUAAUAACAACUACAACAACAAAAUUUGUGAUGAGAUAUAUGUUGUUGGCGAGGGAGAGACACUUCAAACAAUAAGUGAAAAAUGUGGUGAUCCUUAUAUUGUUGAAGAGAAUCCACAUAUCCAUGAUCCUGAUGAUGUUUUCCCUGGUCUCGUUAUCAAGAUUAACCCUUUCUUUCUUAGUUCAUAA